AUCGUUGGCUUGUUCGCAGGACUGUGCUCCACGGAGGGGCACAACAUACGUGGACGGGGAAACAAGUACCAAACCUUCGAAGGGAAGAUGGCGACAGUGGCCUUUGCUCACCGAAGCGUCAGAAACGCAAAACUCAAUUACAAGAAUCCGGAAUUUGAGCUCAUUGCUCAGGGCUAUAAGCGAUCCAACAGCAGCGUCACUCGAAAGCAGCCCGUCACCGCGUCCUUGCUGCUUGAGUUGCACCGGGUGCUACAAGACCGCAGAACACCCGAGAACCGAGAGUACAACGAGUUGGUGUGGGCCUCGGUCGUCCUAGCCUUCUUCUUUCUGAGCCGAAGCUCC